CCGACGCUACCCACAGUCUUUCCUCUCUCUCAGUGGUCUAAGAAAUGUAAGAACAAAUGUAUUUACAGGAAUGUGUCUCUGUAAGAAGACACUGUGUCACCAGAGACCGUUUCGGGAAGCUCUCCACGUUUUGUCGUCGUUGAAAAGCGUCGCAUGUUGAUCGUUUCCUUCAAAAAUACAGCUUCCUCUCCUUCCUGUGCUAAACUGCGGUGACGAGAGAUGCCACUGCCUGUAACAGUGUCCUCUGAUAUCUUCUUCUCCACGACACGUUCAAAUGUGAUGCCUGCCUGAGGGGACAUAAUGGACAAUGGCAAACCGAGCCGUGUCAGUCGGCCCCAGCGGAUCAGUGAAUCGUCCAAGGUAUUCCGCUGUGUGGAUCAAUCCGUGGAGGUGUUGCAGGGCCUCAACGAGCAGCGGCAGCACAGCCAGUUCUGUGACGUGGUGCUGGUGGCUGACAACCAGCGGGUCCCUGCUCACCGAGCCCUGCUGGCUGUCUCCAGCCCAUACUUUCACGCUAUGUUCACCUUGGGCAUGAGAGAGGAACGCCAGCAGGAGGUGGAGCUGGUUGGGAUGUCCUACAUUGGUCUGAAUGCUGUAGUGGACUUCCUGUACAGCGGUGAGCUACCAUUGGAUGGAGGAAACAUUGACUAUGUGCUGGAAGCUGCCCACCUUCUGCAGGUGUGGCGAGUGGUGGAUUUCUGCUGUCAGUACUUGGAAAGGGAGGUGAGUGAGGACAACUACCUGUACCUGCAGGAGCUGGCUCUGCUCUACAGUCUGGAGCGACUCGACACCUUCAUCGACCACUUCAUCCUCACACGCUUCGCUACGCUAUCUUUCACCCCCGAUUUCCUUCAUGAUAUUCCUUUACACAAACUCACGUCCUACCUCUCCAGUGGCCAGGUUCAGCAUGACAGUGAGCAGGCACUUCUCCAGGCCACCCUGCAGUGGCUCAGCCAGACUCCUGAGCGCACCGCUCAUGCCAGACAGCUCCUCUCCCACAUCCGCUUCCCUCUGAUGCCAGUGGGGGACCUCGUAGACCGAGUGCUACCGGCUCUGCGAGCCCUGCUGCCAGAGGAGGCAGGCUGCGAGGCCCUCGUGGAGGAAGCUCUGGAGUACCACGCCAGGCCCAGCGCCCAGCCACUCCUGCAAACUGGUCGCACCACUCUGAGGGGAGGUGUCGAGCAGCUAUUGCUGAUUGGAGGAGAGGUGUCAGAACGUGGAGAGGAGCUGAGUGCCAAUGUUUGCCGACUGGGCGGUGAAACUGGAAGCUGGGAGGUGGAAACAGAGCUGCCGGCACAGCGGAGCCACCACUGCCUGGCUGUGCUGGGGGGCUUCAUAUUUGCUGCUGGCGGCAGCUCUUCCAGGGACAACGGUGGAGACGCUGCCUGUAACCUGCUGUACAGAUACGACCCCCGCCACAACCAGUGGAGCAGGGGUGCUCCAAUGAAUGAGCGGCGGGUGGAUUUUUACCUGGGGGUGGUGGGAGAGUGCCUGAUCGCCGUGGGUGGAAGGAAUGACACCGGAGCUUUGUCCUCUGUGGAGGUUUACUGUCCCGCUGAGGAUUGCUGGUCCUAUGUGGCAGGACUGCCCAGGUUUACUUACGGCCAUGCUGGGACGGUCCACCGUGGUGUAGUCUACAUUUCGGGUGGUCACGACUAUCAGAUCGGCCCAUACCGCCGAGAUGUCUUGAGUUACGAUCCAUCACGGGACGAUGAAGUGUGGGUGGAACGCCAGUCCAUGUCUCUGGCCCGGGGCUGGCACUGCAUGGCCUCCCUCAACCACCUCAUCUACGCCAUCGGAGGCAGCGAUGACCACGAAGACACCACAGAGCGCUUUGAUAUCCUGCAGGUAGAAUCUUAUGACCCACGCUGCGGCCAGUGGACCCAAGUGGCACAGCUGCUGAUGCCCAACAGUGAGGCGGGGCUCUCAGUCUGGGCAGGGAAGAUCUAUGUGCUUGGGGGCUACAGCUGGGAGAGUAUGGCGUUCUCUAGAGCCACUCAGGUCUACGACCCUGACAAAGGCUCAUGGUCUAGAGGGCCUGACCUGCCAAAAUGCAUUGCAGGGGCCUCAGCGUGUGUUUGCACUGUGAAGCCCUCACUAUCAUCAGCCUCUCCAGAGAAGAAGAUGGACAAAGGGAUAAAAGGAAGAUUACGUCCCACGUAACAACAGCGAUGAACUUUAGCUUUGUCCAAAAAUACACGGCCUGACUUUUGGCUGAGACAGAGCCUGAUGCAUACUUCUGAUACUAAAUCUUUAAUAGACGAGAAAUAUUUUGUCAUGUCUGCUACACGUGUAUCAGAAUAAAUUGCUCACAAGCUCAGGAGCACUGCAGCAUCACAAAGGGAGAGAAGUGGCAAUAAUUGAAAACACUGAAGUAACCAGACAGUGUUUAGUAAAGACCACCUGACUAAUGUAUGUUGACAAAAACUACAUUAUAUGAAGGACAGUCUGUGCACUGCAUUUGCCUUUACAGCUAAAUAUAGAUGUACUCUGAAGAAAGCAAUCAUUUUAUGUCUCUUGUACAGUUGAUACACAAUUAAGCUUUAGCAUUCAGGCGCCUCUCUGUAUUUUUAAAGCCAGGAAAUGAGGGCUUGUAGAAGCUGAAGGCUGGAUAAUGUCUUAAUAUGUGGUUUAAACUGCCAGAUGGGUGAAGGGUGAGAGUUGUAGUUGUACUCUCACAGUCUAAUCUGCACUUUGAACAUAUUUAUAUCCUGCAGAAAGAAAAGACACCCGGAAGGUCAACGUAAAACUUGGUGUACCUGUAGAUUCUUUGGCACGGUGCUAAUGUUUUUGGAGCUGUCCAUAAAUGAAAUGUAGGCUACAUAUAAUGUGAAUACAUGGCAUGAGCAACUCUAUUAAUACAGUUAACCAGCUGCUGACCAACAUACAUCUUGACAUAUUCUUUUGAAUAUUUCUUAUAGUUGACCCAUACAUUGUUACCUAUUAGAAAUCAGAUACAGCAGCCAUGCCCCAGGUCCUCUCACCAACUGCUGUCAUGUAAUCAAAUGCAAAACCCCUCCCCUAACACAGAUUGUCCAAUCAUAGCUUAGCAGCAUUAACCAGGCGCUAAUGCUGUCAUCAUGUGCUCUACGUGGACAGCAGUUAACAGUUACAACCUAAUACCAUAUUACAAAUUAUAUGUAAGGAAAUAUAUAAACAUACAUAUGUAUGCAGUAUAUGAAUUGAUUAAAAGUUUAUCAACAUCAACAGCACAUUUACUUUUAUCCGCCAUGUUUCUGUAUAUAGAGAGUAGGAUCCUGAUGUGAGCUGCACUGAGCGACAUAAAGCAUUGUGGGAUUUUAGGACACGGAAGCUAUGGUAGAGACUGAGUACUACUAGAUGACAAGGUUGUCUUAUCCAUCUUGAAAACACGGUGGAAUGGUAAACGUUGGCUGCAUUAUCAACUGCCAUAAUCACUCUCACAACCAGCGUGGGAAACGGACAGCUAAUGAAGUGUGCUUUUUCAGCUUUCUAGUUUGCAGUGGACACUGUGCACACUCCACUUGAUCACUGGAGCUGAGGAUCACCCAUGACUUGAGUGGAGGUUCAUGAAGGCGUUGAGAGUGCACAACCUAAGACAUAAGUAACAUUGACCCAAGUAUAAUAUAAAUAAUAAAAUAAAAAACAAUCAACAUAGCCACCGCAUUUACAGCUUUUAAGUUUACUAGUUAAUCACCAUGGUGGAAACUAGUCCAAAAUAGAAAGAACAAACUGCAGCAGCAACAACAACAGCAAUGACUCCACCACCGCUUUGACUGGAAAGCACACUUAUCAAUGAACUUAGCGGUAACCAAAAUGUGAUCUAAGUGAAAGACAAACUGUAAUGACUAAAUGUGAUGCAGUGUUGGCCUUGGAAAAGGAUAUUGUUUUCUUGAGUUUGAAGUGGUGACACAAAGAGAUGUGUGUGGUGAGUGGCGAUGAGGUUAACUACUUUUGCGCAAACGAUGAUUUUCUGGUCCAUUAGUGAAUGGAAGGUGGGCCUCGAGAUUUACAGUUUUGAAACUGCUCAAAUGUGUAAGCACUUACACCACAAAUGAGGCAGGAAAACAUGUCCAGAAUUGUUACACUUUUUAACUUGCUUAUAUUACCCGACCACUCCUUGUGUUCAUACAGAUCAAGGCCGUUUAUUUCCUUCAAUUUUGGAGGCUGUUUUUAAGCUACUCCUGGAGCUAACAUUAGCUUAAGCAGCUAGCUAGCUACAGCCGAUCAAAUCUGUCAGUGACACGUGUAAUUAAAGUCCAAAAACAAUCGUCGACAAAGAACACUAAGCUGUUUUUGUUUUUUUUGGAACAUUUAUUAGAACAAGUUCCUUGACAGAGUCUCACACAUUAUGACAAGUAUCAAUACUCAUAUUGGUAUCAAACUGACAAAAUGCAAAAUACAGGGACAAUCAAAUAGCAAAGAGGUGAAAGAAUAUUCUUUGUAGAUCUAAUUAGUACAUCUAACCCAGUUGAACAGAGACAGUAGUCUCACCUUUCCAAAUACAUUAUAACAGGUGACCACUUUUCAAGAUACAAAUCCGUCUGGAG